CGUCUGUCCGUCUCUAAUCUCUGUCUGUGGUGUGAAUCCCAGCAGCAAAACCUGCGCCUCCCCAGCACAAACUCAUCGGCCGGAGGAGCCUCGGGCCUGACUCCCCUGCCACCAGAGCUCCGCGAGCUGCUGCGCCAGCGUCUGGGGGCACUGGAGACGCAGCUCCUCCGGAAGGUAGCUGAGCUGGAGGAGGAGAAGAGCCAGCUCUACAAUGAAACCGCGGCCCACCGCCAACGCACCGAAAGCGCUCUCAACUCCCUCAUGGAGAGGAUCGCAGAGCUCGAGAAGAGUAAUAAUGCCUUUAAGUCUCCAGAAGACUUCAAGGUGUCCCUCCCUCUGCGCACCAACUAUCUGUACGGACGCAUUAAGAAGAGCCUGCCGGAGAUGUAUGCCUUCACUGUCUGCAUGUGGCUCAAGUCCAGCGCCAGUCCAGGCAUAGGAACCCCUUUCUCUUACGGCGUGCCUGGACAGGCCAAUGAGAUAGUUCUGAUUGAAUGGGGCAACAAUCCUAUUGAGUUACUGGUCAAUGACAAGGUGGCCCAGCUCCCUCUGUCAGUGAGCGACGGGCGCUGGCACCACAUCUGCAUCACCUGGACGACCAGAGACGGCUUCUGGGAGGCUUAUCAGGACGGCGAGCGGCUCGGCACCGGAGACAACCUGGCCCCCUGGCACCCAAUUAAACCUGGAGGGGUGAUCAUCCUGGGCCAGGAACAGGACAUCGUCGGAGGGCGUUUUGAUGCUACCCAAGCCUUUGUUGGCGAGCUGAGCCAGUUCAACAUGUGGGACAGAGUGCUACGGCCGGUGGACAUCAUGGGUUUGGCCAACUGUUCGGCCUACAUGCCGGGGAACGUGGUUCCUUGGAUUGACGCCAAUGUAGAAGUGUUUGGCGGUGCAAGUAAAGCCGCACUCGAAAUCUGCGAAGACCGUGCUUUUGAUUCCUAAGAACGCAAUUCAAGGAGUCCUGCAUGGCCAAAGGGAUCUGAAUUUUGAAUAUUCAGAUUUUUUGUCUAACCCUAAGGGUAGCACUGGACUAGCCACCACGGUCUCUAAGGCUCGGUGUUUAUUGGAUUUAAAAGAUCACGUGCUCAUCAAAUUUGAACCCCGAAGACAUUCCGGGAUACUUCGAAUUGAUUCUCUCUACAGAGGAAGACACUGAAUGCUGUUUAAUCUGUCUGCUGUUAAGAUAUGACCUUCUGUUGUCUUGUUUUUUAUUUUUCUUUCCAAGCUUACUUGCCAUUUGACAACUCGUUGAGAACAUCUCACGGUGGUUCUGUUUCUUAUUUUGACAACACUGCACUGUUUCCCAUGUUGAAUGUGAGCUCAAAUAGGCUUUGAUGUGCUGCAGAAAACUGUGGUCGAGCACUACAUGCUCUGAGUUUUUUUUUUUUUUUUUGGCUGUUCGAAAAGCAGCGAGACGCCGAAGUAAAUACCAAAAUGAGGCGGAUGCUUAUGAGUUUGAACCUCACUAUUGUCCAAAAUAAUAUGCAUGAGUCUGAGCAGUGCAUGCUUUCUGUCAACAUGCACAGUGAGUAUGCUGCGUCAAAACAGGCUGAUGCAGAGUGCUGCCAACAUUACGUAAGACCGCGUGUGUGUGCGUGUGUGUGUGCGUGUGCGUUCCUGUGCUUAUGGCUUGUCUUGCGUGUAAAACAGACCAGAAGCUUAUGAGGGAGAGAGAGAGGACAUUUUUUAUUCUUGCAAAUCUAUGCUUAAUACCUCAUUGCCCUUUGAGCAGCUGCCAUGCUCGAACAGCUUUCUGAACGGGCUGGUCUCUGCCCAGGUUAACAGCGACAUCGGACAGCUGCCCAGUCCUGGCUAAAUGACAGAGCUGUGGACGCCAGCUGAUCACUCGGCGAGGACAGGGACUUGGUCUGGCCCUCAAGGACAAUCCUUAACUCCCCAUGUGGGUUGUAAUUAUCCAAGUUUAUGAAUGAAUGCAGCAUUGAGUGCUCCUGAUCUCCUGAUGUUUCUGUAAGUGUGUUAUUAAUGAUAAAACAUUCAAACGUAGGAGCUGUGUAAGACGGGAGCAGCACUCUACAGACAUUUUGAAUGGAGUUUGGUCCUAAAUGUCUCACUCUUGACAGAUAUAAAGGUUUUGAUCAACUGAUAUAUAUUUUUUAAACAGAAUGGAGUGUAUCUAAUGUAUUUUAACAUCAAUAAUGAAUAAAACUAAUAGUUUUUGGAGCUUCAAAUGUGUUGUUAAUGUUGAGAUGGACAGUUUUUAAGGACCCUUCUUUCCCUGAUGAACUAGAAGGAACAUAAAGAAAAAGAAAAAAAAAAAACUAAAGACGCUUCAGCCAGCCUUUUUGAGUUGCAGUUUUCUUUGAGGUCUGACUCAACCAAUCAGCAGUUUCAUAAAUCCUAAGAUUUCUUUGAAGAUUUUUAACACACAGAAAAGAUUUUAAAAAAUAAAUGUGUUGCAGGUUUUUUUGAUCAAGGCAGUAGUUGUGAAUCAAACGGAAAAUGAAGGAAUUCCUGCACAAGAUUACUUUGGUUUGUGGUUCAAAAAAUAUAAUUUAUGUGACUUUUUUUAAUAAUCAGAAAUAGUUUAUGGUUUAGUACAGAGCACACCUUAGAUAAAUACACCGCCCCCCCAAAAAAAUCUGUUUUUCAAUAUUUGAAUGGCUCAAUAUCAAUGAGUUGGGGGAAAAAAAAAUGUCUUGAUUCUAAUUUUCCUAGAGUCUGGGAUUAAAUAUUAAAAUAGAAGUUUUCAUCUGAUUAAAAACAAUGAAAUUAACUAUGUAUUAACACCAACUGCUGAAAAAUUUAAUAAAUGAAAUCCUGUUGUGAACUCUACUUUUGAACGUUUCUGUUAGCAAUGCUUUUUAUUGUAAAGAUAAGCAUUUUUUUUUUUCCUGUUGAAACUGUCUGUUCUUGUUCUAUCGGCAAAUAACUUAUCAAAAGCCGUCAUGCAAAACGGCAAGAAUGCUACAAAUGCUCUGUUGGACUGAUGAAUGGCCUUUUGUGAAAACCAUAUGUGCUUUUUUUUGCGAGUGGAGACUUUAGACUUUCUGUCAGCUUUUGUAGCACACUUUCAUGACAGUGCAGAAAUGCCGAAAAUGUGUUUGUGUUCUGCAAACUUUAACCACAUGAAAUUCUGCAACUGUCUGUUAUGAUAACUGAUGUAUUUUUGCACCCAAUAAAAGAAUAAGCAAGCUCCUGA